GACAUUAUGCUAGGGAUACCACGAUAGGCAGCUUGCAAGUGAUCACAGGGUACUGCUCUUAAUCUACAUAAAAAUGCGAGAAAGGAAGUAGCAGAGGAAGAAGGUUAGUGAGAGAGAAUAAUACCCCAAACCAUUAUUAUGGCUGAAAUUAGCAGCUUAAGAAUCGAUCCCAGGAGUGGGUUUUGUUCUUCCAAUUCUACUUUCUACAGCAAACGCGUUCCCUUUCCACUUCCGUCCAACCACGCCCUUGACAUCACUACUUUUAUCUCCUCUUACCCUCACCAUGGCAAAACCGCCUUCAUCGACGCCUCUACCGGUCGCCACCUCUCCUUUUCCCAACUUUGGCAAUCAGUUGACUCCGUUUCCUCGUGUCUGUCCGAGUUGGGUAUUCGGAAAGGCAACGUCGUCAUCAUCAUCGCACCAAACUCCAUCUUCUUACCCAUUGUUUGCCUCUCUGUGAUGUCUCUUGGAGCUAUUAUAACCACUAGCAACCCCCUCAACACGUCUCGUGAAUUCGCAGUACAAAUGGCUGAUUCAAAGCCCGUCCUCGUCUUCACCACCGCUCAAGUCGUCCCAAAAUUGGCUGGAUCACCUCUCCCCAUCGUACUUCUCGAAGAGCAAGUGGCGACCGAAAAAACAGGCCAAGUCAAAAUAGUUACUACUAUUAGUGAAAUGUUAAAGAAGGAAACAAAGGACAAGAUCCGAGUCAAGGAUCGAGUGUACCAAGAUGACGCGGCGACUCUACUCUAUUCCUCGGGCACGACGGGUGCCAGCAAGGGAGUAAUAUCAUCUCACAGAAACCUCAUGGCUCUAACGCAAAGUUUUUCACAUUUGAGCAAUCCAGAGAAAGGGGAGCAAACCCAUAUCUGCGCCGUUCCCAUGUUCCACAUCUACGGCUUCGGAGCUUUUGCCAUCGGGAAACUCACGCAAGGAUCAAAAGUAGUUAUUUUAUCAAAGUUCGACAUGAAGGAAAUGCUGUCGGCAGUAGAGAAGUACCGUGUCACUUGCCUCCCCCUGGUGCCACCUAUACUCUUGGUAAUGGUGAAGGAAGCUGAUGUGAUACGAAAGAAGUACGAUUUGAGUUCGUUGCAAUCAAUAGUGUGCGGUGGCGCUCCGUUGAGCAAGGAUUUGAUAAAUAGGUUUAGGGAAAAGUUUCCAAGCAUUGAUAUUCGGCAAGGGUACGCGAUGACAGAAUCGACAGGGUUUGGCGCAUCAAUGGAAACGCCGGAGGAGUGUCUCAAGUAUGGCAGUGUGGGGUUGCUAUCGCCCAACUUGGAAGCCAAAAUUGUAGACCCUACAACUGGUACGGCCUUGGAGGUCAAUCAGAAAGGGGAGCUUUGGCUAAGGGGUCCCUCCAUUAUGAAAGGUUAUCUGAAUAAUGCAGAAGCCACAGCCGCUACUCUCGAUUCACAAGGAUGGUUAAAAACCGGUGAUCUUUGCUACCUCGAUGAUGAUGGCUACGUCUAUGUUGUUGAUAGGUUGAAGGAGCUGAUCAAAUACAAGGGAUAUCAGGUUCCUCCUGCUGAAUUGGAGGCAUUGCUACUUUCUCACCCACAGAUUUCUGAUGCUGCUGUCAUACCGUUUCCGGAUGAAGAGGUUGGGCAGUAUCCCAUGGCGUAUGUGGUUAGAAAAAGUGGAAGCAAUAUAUCAGACACUCCACUCUUGGAUUUUGUAGCAAAACAAGUUGCACCAUACAAGAGAAUUCGGAAAGUGGCAUUUGUAACUUCAAUACCCAAGAAUCCAUCUGGGAAGAUUCUAAGAAGGGAGCUCAUCAGGCUUGCAAUUUCCAAAAUUUGAGGGCAUCUCGUUUGCAGCUCUAUAAUAAUAAUAAUAAUACUAAUAGGAUGAAUGCAUUUCCAAAGUAAAGUUUCACUUCUUUGCUUGUUUCGGAGAUGGGAGUUUUUCAUUUCUCUGGUUCAUCAAUGUACUUCUAAAUAAUUUUGAAUUUAUAUUCUCCUAAUAAAAAGUACAACAUACUGUAUGAAUGCACUUAAUAUUUGUUGGUUGUCUGGAAUAAAUUUUAAGUGGGACAAUGAUUGAUCUGAUAAA